GGGCCUGCGCGCGUGGUGGGCGGGGCUUAGGCCGCGUCUGUUUCCCUUUCCCGGCCUGCGUGUCUGUGACCCCGAUCCCGGCCGGGUCCCCCUCUCCGGCGCACCGGAUGGGCCGGCACGUGUUCCUCACGGGGCCCCCAGGCGUUGGGAAAACCACUCUGAUCCAGAAGGCCAGCGAGGCGUUGAAGUCCUCGGGGGUGCCCGUGGAUGGCUUCUACACGCAGGAAGUCCGGCAGGGCGGGAGGCGCAUAGGAUUCGACGUGGUCACGCUGUCCGGCCUGCGGGGGCCUCUGUCCAGAGUGGGGGCGGCGCCCCCGCCAGGAACACGGGAGUGCCGGGUCGGGCAGUACGUGGUGGACCUGACCUCCUUUGAGCAGCUGGCGCUUCCGGUCUUGGACGCAGGUGCAGGCCCGAGGGUGUGCGUCAUCGACGAGGUGGGGAAGAUGGAGCUCUUCAGCCGGCCCUUCCUGCAGGCCGUGCGGCAGGCCCUGGCCGCCCCGGGCACCGUGGUCCUGGGCACCAUCCCGGUGCCCAAGGGGAAGCCGCUGGCCUUCGUGGAGGAGAUCCGGAGCCGGGCGGACGUGCAGGUGGUCAGCGUCACCAAGGAAAACAGGAACCACCUCUUGCCGGACAUUGUGAGGAGCGUGCAGAGCGGCGGGAAGUGAGCCCUGGAUGGGCCCGCCCGCCUGGUCAGCAGCCCUGCCCACCCGCCCUGCACUGAGCCCCCGUGGGCGCCCGGGAAAGCCUGCAGCUGGUUCCCAUUAGGGGUUCCGAGGGCUGGCCUGCAGGCUGUUUAUUUCCUCUGCAGCCGAGCGUCUGAUUGGGGUGCAUUCCGAGAUGAGGAAGGUCCCCACACCAGAUGGGAGCCACCCACCCGGUGAGGCCGUGAAUGUGAGGGGGAGAUGGUGGCGGGGAGGGGGUGCCGCCUCAGCCGUUCUGCACUUCACCCUGGAGAAUCCCAGGUGCACCUGGUGUAGCCGGAAGGGAGGAGCCAUCUAAUUGUUAAAAAGGAUUAUUCUGAAAGAAGAGCAUUUCAGGCCCUUCCCCCCCACCACCACCACCACCUCUUAUUGUUUCCCUGUUUGCUUAUUUAUGAAAUAAAAAUGGUCGUGAUGUCUAUAGACACGGGGUCCUUGUGUGGAGGGGCGCUUGGCGUGGAGGGGGCACCUUGGGGCUCGGGGGGCGUGGGCGGGGUCAGGGGUCAGACUGGGGCUCCACCUGGGCCAGGUCCUUAACCCGUUCUGUGCCUCGCUUCCGGCCCCGAAAACGGGGAGAUGGGUCGUUACAUUUGGGGCGGCUGUGGCCACUGUGGAAGGGACCCCCCAUUACCCCCGCUUGGCCCCCGCGCCCGGCCGGGCUGUCAGAGGGCGGUGGAGAGGGAGGGACUGCCUGCAGCCAGCGUGGAGGAGACCCUGAUCCCCGGAAUCAGGGGGUCACGGCCCUGGAGGGGCCGGUGCACUGGUGUGAUUCAGCUCCAUGGCUUUAGGUGAUUUCUGGUGACGAUCUAGGAAUUUUUUUGUU